AUGCCAACCAGUGCUCCCAGUAAGAGAAUCAUGCCUGCAACCGGCAGACCUGAAAAUAUCCCAGACUACGAGCCCAACAUCCCUGAGCCCACAUGCAGAGCUGAUCUUCUAAAACACUGGAUCAACCUUUCCCUGGAUGACAAGACAGCCAAUAAGAUGCUGUGGAUCACAGAGUUUGGAUCCAAGGUGUCGCGUAUGACUGAUGAUGUCACUUGUCCUGUUCUGGACCGGCCAGAGAGAUAUGAGCAUGCCCCUCAGGUCCUUUGCAAAGAAGGUAUCCUGGGCUUCCGAGCUUACUGGGAAGUGAAAUACUCAGGAUGGGUGGUCGUUGGAGUAGCCUAUGAAGGGGCGGGAAGGAGGGGAAGCGACGGACCCUGCGGGCUGGGAGAGAAUGAAGAGUCCUGGGGUCUUGGGUGGGGUGGGUCCCACUACCAGUUGUGGUUCAACGGCAUUAACACAGAAAUCUGGGAAAUUCCAAAAUGCACCACCAUCGGGGUAUACCUUGACCAUCCAGCUGGUAUCAUCAGUUUCUAUGCAGUUGAAGAAGUGAAGGAAGGAGAGGCGAGUGAAGGAACAAAGGAGAUCAGGCUGCUACAGCAGAUUAAGAACUCCUUUAAGGGGAGGAUGUUGGCAGGUUUCUGGGUUGGACAAAAGUCAUCAUGUUCCUUAGUUAAACAAGAGGAGUAA